AUGCCUAGAGCAUCGCGCCGUCUAAGCGACUACGUGGAACACUACGAACCGCUGCAGUACGACGCGCAAGCGAUUCACGCACAACAUUCGCGCACGCGUCGCUCUGCCGGCGCGCCAGAACUGCGGAUAGCGUUCCACGCACACGGGCGUCGCUUCCAUCUACGGUUAAGGAGGGAUCUAUCCGCCUUCAGCAGGGAUUUUAAGGUCGAAGGUUCCGAUGGUGAAAUACGUGAUGUUGAUACAUCGCACAUAUAUCGCGGCGAUCUGGUCGAUGACACACAAUCCACGGUUUUCGGCUCGGUGACGGAAGGUGUGUUCGAGGGGAAGAUGAUCACCAGCGACGGUACCUUCUACGUGGAGCACGCUCGCAGAUACUUCCCGCCCAAUGGGACGAGAACGCGAGUCCACUCCGUUAUAUACAAAGAGGCAGAUGUCAGCGAUCCUUACUCUCACCGGAGACAUGGUCACGUGGGCGGUUGCGGAAUCACAGACGAAGUGGUCCAAUGGAUGGACCGCAUACAAAAUUCAGGUGUCGAUGACGAUCCACCCACAUCACCUGCGCCUUCGCCUCCUUCACACUCACCGCCACACCCGAACAGUCUGCGAGACGAUCCACCAAGGUAUUGGGAGCAUCAUCACAACAAAUACUCACGAGCGGCGAACACUGGUGAGCAUUCGCGAACGCGACGUGCGGCGCACGACAACAGGAACACGUGCUCGCUGUUCAUAGAAACAGAUCCGCUAAUAUGGCGGCACGUCAGAGAGGGCUUCCCGGAUCAUCGAGAUCCAAGUAAAAAGAACGAGGUAGAUAUGAAAACUCGAGAAGAAAUUCUAUCUCUAAUAUCACAUCACGUUGAAGCAGUUAACUACAUAUAUAGAGAUACGAAGUUCGACGGACGCUUGGAGCAUAGAAAUAUUAAGUUUGAAGUCCAACGAAUCAAGAUUGACGACGAUUCAAUGUGCAACCCGCAUCACUAUUCCACGGAGACCAAUCAGUUCUGUUUAGAGAACAUCGAUGUGUCUAAUUUCCUAAAUUUGCACUCGCUAGGCAACCACGAAGACUUCUGCCUUGCUUAUGUGUUUACUUACCGCGACUUCACAGGAGGCACUUUAGGUCUGGCCUGGGUAGCAAGUGCCAGCGGAGCGUCGGGCGGAAUUUGCGAGAAGUACAAAACGUACACGGAGACAAACGGUGGAAUGUACCAGAGCACGAAGCGAUCACUCAACACCGGCAUCAUCACAUUUGUGAAUUACAACAGCAGGGUGCCACCCAAAGUCAGCCAGCUCACUCUCGCGCACGAAAUCGGACAUAACUUCGGAUCACCGCACGACUACCCGUCGGAGUGCCGGCCGGGCGGGCAGCAGGGCAACUACAUAAUGUUCGCGUCGGCGACGUCGGGCGACCGGCCCAACAACGGGCGCUUCAGCGCGUGCUCGGUGGGCAACAUCAGCGCCGUGCUGGACGCCGUGCGCGACGGCCGCAAGCGCAACUGCCUCAGCGCCAGCGAGGGCGCCUUCUGCGGGAACAAGAUCGUCGAGGCCGGCGAGGAGUGCGACUGCGGUUACGACGAGAACGAAUGCAAAGAUCACUGCUGCUACCCGCGACAGCUAAGCUCAUUCGACAGAGAGAGGAAUAGCACCGCUAAGGGAUGCACUCGAAAAGCGAAUACUCAGUGCAGUCCGUCGCAGGGCCCGUGCUGCCAGUCGGAGUCGUGCCAGUUCGUGAGCGCGGCGCGCAACCAGACGUGCCGUGAGGCCACCGAGUGCAGCCACGCCUCCUUCUGCUCGGGCCGCUCCGCCGAGUGCCCCACGCCGCGCCCCAUGGCCAACCACACCAAGUGCAACAACGACACGCAACUGUGCAUCAACGGCGAGUGCCGCGGCUCGAUCUGCCUGGCGUGGAACAUGACGGAGUGCUUCCUGUCGUCGAGCCCGACGGCGGCGGGCGACGGCGUGACGGCGGUGGUGGACCGGCGUGCGCUCUGCCAGCUGGCGUGCCAGAGCGGCGCCGAGCCCUCCACCUGCCGCAGCACGGCGGCCUUCGCGGCGCGCGUCGGCCUGCCGCCCGGCGGCAUCAGCCUGCGCCCCGGCUCGCCCUGCGAUAACUUCCAGGGGUACUGUGACGUGUUUCUGAAGUGCCGCGCGGUGGACGCGGAGGGCCCGCUGGCUCGGCUGAAGAACCUGCUGCUGAACCGCGCCACACUGCAGACCGUGCAGGCCUGGGUCACGGAGCAGUGGUGGGCCGUGCUGCUGGGCGGCGUCGCGCUCGUCGUCUGCAUGGGCGCCUUCGUCAAGUGCUGUGCCGUGCACACGCCCUCGUCAAACCCGAAGCGACCGCCGGCCAGGCGGCUCUCCGAGACGCUGCGGCGGCCGAUGAACACGCUGCGUCGCAUGCGCGCGCCGGGCGAGGCGCGGAGAGACGCGCGCGCGCCGCCGCGGCCCGGACACCGCCGCGCGCGUACGCACAAGGGAUACGCGCCGCCGCUCGCGUACGCGCACAGGGACCUCGCUUCUGCGCCACCGGGUCCAAGCGGGCGACGUAGUGAACCGUACGCGAACGCGUAUCCACAGUCUUAUGAAAUGAGACCUCCACAAAAGGUCUGA